GAUGCUCUGCAGAUUGCAGCUCCUUCUGCCACCUCUUUGGUUGCAACAAUGGAUGAAUUUAUGUCCACCACAGAAGACUACUGGUUGUACGACUACGACAACUACACCUUCUGGCCUGAAAGCAGCAAGACGUACGCGGCCCCCUGCCCCCACGAGGACAUCUACACGUUCGCGCAGAGAUUCCUCCCCGUCGUCUUCGGCCUGGUCUUCUUCCUGGCCCUGGUGGGCAACGUGCUGGUGCUGUGCGUGAUCCGCCGCUACAGGACGUCCCGCGGCGGCGCCUGCUCCUUCUCCCUCACCGACACCUUCCUCCUCCACCUGGCCAUCUCCGACCUGCUGCUGGCCUUCACGCUGCCGCUGUUCGCCGUGCAGUGGGCGCACCAGUGGGUUUUCGGCGAAGUGGCCUGCAAGAUCUCCGGCGCCCUCUUCUCGCUCAACCGCUACAGCGGCAUCCUCUUCCUGGCCUGCAUCAGCUUCGAUCGCUACCUGGCCAUCGUUCACGCCGUCAACGCCAGCUGGAAGCGCAGCACCUGCCAGGCCCAGAUCGCCUGCGGCCUGAUCUGGGUGGGCUGCCUGGGCCUGGGAGGCAUCGACAUCGCCUUCAAGCAGGUGGGGGAGGUGGACGUCACGGGUGGACGGGGGACGCUCCUGUGCCAGGUUUGGUUCACCGACAACCCCGUGCAGUGGCAGGUGGGCCUGCAGCUGGUCAGCGUGAGUCUGGGGUUCGGACUCCCGCUCCUGGUCAUGCUUUACUGCUACAUCUGGAUCUUCCGCUCGCUCUGCAACGCCACCCGGCGGCAGAAGCGCAAGUCCCUGCGCCUCAUCGUCUCCCUGGUGUCCGUCUUCGUGCUCUGCUGGGCGCCCUACAACUGCUUCCAGCUGGCCGACAGCCUGCAGAGGCUGGGCGCGGUGCCCGGCGGGUGCCAGUUCGGCCGCGUGGUGGACAUCGGGACCUUGGUCACGGAGAGCGUGGGGCUGUCGCACUGUGCUCUGAACCCCUUGCUGUACGGCUUUGUGGGGGUCAAGUUCCGCCGGGAGAUGGCUCGGAUGUGUAAAGGGCUGCUGGGAGCGAGAGGCUGGCUGGGCGUGGAGGAAUGGAGGGACAGGAGGCGCAAGACGGCGAGCUCCUACAGCUCUGCCGAGAGCGAAAACACCUCCUACUCCGUCAUGGGGUAAUGACGCUUUAGAAGCGGGGUCUCCAACAGUGGAUGCACCUUUUCCACUGCACAGUGCCUUCACACUUCUGCUUUUCUACUUUGGUCCGGACCAAAUAUCCAAAAAAUAGCUCAGCGUCCACACUGGUAUUUUUUAGAGAUGUCUGAUAAUGGCUUUUUUGCCGAUAUUGUCCAACUCUUAAUUACCGAUUCCGAUAUCAACCAAUACCGAUCGUGGAAUUAACACAUUAUGCCUAAUUUUGUUGUGAUGCAUUAAACAAUGUAACAAGGUUUUCCAAAAUAAAUCAAAAAAAGUGCCAACAUGGCACUGCCAUAUUUAUUAUUGAAGUCACAAAGUGCAUUAUUUUUUUAAACAUGCCUCAAAACAGCAGCUUGGAAUUUGGGACAUGCUCUCCCGGAGAGAGCAUGAGGAUGUUGAGGUGGGCGGGGUUCUGGGUACCGGGGGUGUGUACAUUGUAGCGUCCCGGAAGAGUUAGUGCUUCAAGGGAUUCUGGGUAUUUGUUCUGUUGUGUUUAUGUUGUGUUACGGUGCGGAUGUUCUCCCGAAAAUGUGUUUGUCGUUCUUGUUUAGUGUGGGUUCACAGUGUGGCGCAUACUUGUAACUAGGGAUGUCCGAUAAUGGCUUUUUGCCGAUAUCCGAUAUUCCGAUAUUGUCCAAAUCUUAAUUACCGAUUCCGAUACCAACCGAUACCGAUAUAUACAGUCGUGGAAUUAACACAUUAUUAUGCCUAAUUUUGUUGUGAUGCAUUACACAAUGUAACAAGGUUUUCCAAAAUAAAUCCAAAAAAUGCCAACAUGGCACUGCCAUAUUUAUUAUUGAAGUCACAAAGUGCAUUGUUUUUUUUUAACAUGCCUCAAAACAGCAGCUUGGAAUUUGGGACAUGCUCUCCCGGAGAGAGCAUGAGGAUGUUGAGGUGGGCGGGGUUCUGGGUACCGGGGGUGUGUAUAUUGUAGCGUCCCGGAAGAGUUAGUGCUUCAAGGGAUUCUGGGUAUUUGUUCUGUUGUGUUUAUGUUGUGUUACGGUGCGGAUGUUCUCCCCAAAAUGUGUUUGUCGUUCUUGUUUGGUGUGGGUUCACAGUGUGGUGCAUACUUGUAACUAGGGAUGUCCGAUAAUGGCUUUUUGCCGAUAUCCGAUAUUCCGAUAUUGUCCAACUCUUAAUUACCGAUUCCGAUAUCAACCGAUACCAAUAUAUACAGUUGUGGAAUUAACACAUUAUCAUGCCUAAUUUUGUUGUGAUGCAUUAAACAAUGUAACAAGGUUUUCCAAAAUAAAUCCAAAAAAAUGCCAACAUGGCACUGCCAUAUUUAUUAUUGAAGUCACAAAGUGCAUUAUUUUUUUAAAACAUGCCUCAAAACAGCAGCUUGGAAUUUGGGACAUGCUCUCCCGGAGAGAGCAUGAGGAUGUUGAGGUGGGCGGGGUUCUGGGUACCGGGGGUGUGUAUAUUGUAGCGUCCCGGAAGAGUUAGUGCUGCAAGGGAUUCUGGGUAUUUGUUCUGUUGUGUUUAUGUUGUGUUACGGUGCGGAUGUUCUCCCGAAAAUGUGUUUGUCGUUCUUGUUUGGUGUGGGUUCACAGUGUGGCGCAUACUUGUAACUAGGGAUGUCCGAUAAUGGCUUUUUGCCGAUAUUCCGAUAUUGUCCAACUCUUUAAUUACCGAUACCGAUAUCAACCGAUACCGAUAUCAACCGAUAUAUGCAGUCAUGGAAUUAACACAUUAUUAUGCCUAAUUUUGUUGUGAUGCAUUAAACAAUGUAACAAGGUUUUCCAAAAUAAAUAAAAAAAAGUGCCAACAUGGCACUGCCAUAUUUAUUAUUGAAGUCACAAAGUGCAUUUUUUUUUUUUAACAUGCCUCAAAACAGCAGCUUGGAAUUUGGGACAUGCUCUCCCGGAGAGAGUAUGAGGAUGUUGAGGUGGGCGGGGUUCU